CCGGUCGGCAAGUUACCCAAAAUCUUCACUGUUAAAGUCUCUCUUGCUUCUUUUUUCUUCUUUAAAACUCUCAUCACUUUCUCUUCACUUUCCCUUUAAUUCCAAGACUUUUUUUUUCUUUGUUUUUGAAACUGCGUUGUCUUUUCUUUUCUUUUCUCUUCCUUCCCAAAGUCUUUGAAUUGAUAUACCUCUCAUUUUCUAUUUUGGCCUUAAAGAGUUUGGUUUCCCCCAUUGUUGUGCUUAUCUGGGUUCAUUUUAAUCUGGGUUGUCUUUCUUUUGGUAAAAAAAUAUCUCCUUUUGUUUAAAGAACAAUCAAGAAGUGAGAAAACAGAGCAAGGGAAGGGUAAUUUUUUGAUGCUUUAGACCACCGGAAUUGGAAAAUGAUAACAAUCAUGGAUUCUAGGAAGGAACUCAUUAAGAAUUCAGAAAAAUGCUUAGAUCCUCAACUAUGGCAUGCCUGUGCUGGUGGCAUGGUGCAAAUGCCAUCAGUGAACUCCAAGGUGUUCUACUUUGCUCAAGGUCAUGCUGAACAUGCCAAUGGAAAUGUAAAUUUUGGGAGUCUUCUGAUUCCUUCACUCAUCCUAUGUCAAAUUUCUGCCAUUAAGUUCAUGGCAGAUCCUGAAACUGAUGAGGUUUAUGCUAAAAUUAUGUUGGUUCCUUUGAGAGAGAAUGAUUUUGGGCAUGAAGAUGAUGGUUAUGAUGGAAAUAUUGGGAUGGAGAGUCCUGAGAAACCUGCUUCCUUUGCUAAGACACUGACUCAAUCUGAUGCUAAUAAUGGUGGGGGUUUCUCGGUUCCUCGCUAUUGUGCAGAGACUAUAUUUCCUAGGUUGGAUUAUAAAGCAGAACCUCCUGUUCAGACAAUUCUUGCAAAGGAUGUCCAUGGUGAGGUUUGGAGAUUUAGGCAUAUAUAUAGGGGAACACCUCGUAGGCAUCUUUUGACCACAGGGUGGAGUAAUUUUGUGAAUCACAAGAAGCUUGUGGCUGGUGAUUCAAUUGUGUUUCUGCGAGCGGAGAAUGGAGAUCUUUGUGUGGGAAUUCUGAGGGCGAAGAGAGGAAUUGGGAGUGGAUAUGAGUAUCCAUCAGGGUGGAAUUCUGGGGGUGGAAGCUGUGGUUCACAUUUUGGGGGUUAUACUCCCUUCUUGAGGGAGGAGGAGAGUAAAUUGAUGAGGAAGGAUUCUGAUGGGAAUCUGAGGAGAAGGGUAACGGCUGAGUCUGUGAUUGAAGCUGCAACUCGGGCAGCCAAUAGGCAGCCUUUUGAGGUUGUUUACUAUCCACGAGCAAGCACUCCUGAGUUCUGUGUGAAGGCCUCAUCUGUUCGAGCUGCAAUGCAAAUCCAGUGGUAUCCUGGGAUGAGGUUCAAAAUGGCUUUUGAAACUGAGGACUCUUCACGGAUUAGCUGGUUCAUGGGAACAAUAUCAACUGCUCAGGUUGUUGAUCCUAUCCGUUGGCCUAAUUCUCUAUGGCGUCUUCUGCAGGUAGCAUGGGAUGAGCCAGAUUUACUCCACAAUGUGAAGCGCAUUAGCCCAUGGUUGGUUGAAUUGGUCACAAACAUGCCAGCGAUUCAUCUUAAUCCUUUCUCACCACCAAGGAAAAAGAUGCGGCUUCCACAAGACUCUGACUUUUCUUCACUUGGCCAAAUUCCAAUGCCAUCAUUUUCCGGCAACUCUUUCAGGUCCAGCAGUCCCGUAUGUUGCAUUACAGACAACAUUCCUGGAGGUAUACAGGGAGCCAGGCAUGCACCAUUCGGAUUAUCUUCAUCAGAUCUCCCCUCCAACAAGCUGCACUCGGGUCUGUUUCCACUUGGUUUUCAUCAACUUGAUCAUACUGCCCCACCUGCUAGACUCUCCAGUGACAACCUUUUUAGUGACAAUGGGAAUAAUAGGAGUAUAUCUUCCUUGCUAACAACGGGAAAUCCUACCCUUAGUUUGAAAGAAAGCAAUGAAAUAAAGACACCGCAUAUCUUAUUGUUUGGUCAACCCAUUUUCAGUGAGCAGCAGGGUUCUCAGAGCUGCUCAGGUGAUACAGUUGGAAAUAGUUCAUCAGACGGGAAUACAGAGAAGACCGCAAUUUCUUCUGAUGGCUCUGGAUCUGCAUUACAUCAAAGCGCUCGGGAAAACCCUUCCGAUGAAGGGUCUCCUUGGUUCAAAGAGCAUAAAAAAACUGAUCUAGGCUUGGAGAUUGGUCAUUGCAAAGUGUUCACGGAAUCAGAGAAUGUGGGCAGAACCCUUGAUCUUUCAGUUCUUGGAUCAUACAAGGAGCUGUAUGGGAAGCUGGCCAACAUGUUUGGCAUAGAAAGUUCAAAGAUGCUUAGCAGUGUGCUCUACCGUGAUGCUGCCGGUUCUGUUAAACACACAGGGGAUGAGCCCUUCAGUGAGUUUCUGAAGACAGCAAGGAGGCUAACAAUUCUUAUGGAUUCAGGAAGUGACAACAUAGGAAGAUAGAGAUCAAAGAAACUUCACUAAUUGUACAGUUUCCAAUACUUUGGUUUUUAUUUUCAUUUCAUUUCUUCUCAGGCAAUUGUGGGAAAGCUCCACUUCACUCAUUUUUGGCAUACUGUAAACCACAUUUUGUUCCUUAGCUUGAACUUUUCUUUGGACAGAAAGGAUCCAUUUCCUUCAUCAUAUUUCCUAAUUCGAGUUCUUAGCUGCAAAAUGCUGAAUAAAUGUUACCAGUUAAGGCUUUGUUGCA